AUGAGGAAAUUUGUGCAAGAUACUGCUUUAUAUGAAAAACAAUUCCUAUUAUCAGCUGAACGUGGCGAUCUUGAAAGUGUUCGAAAGCUGCUAGAAAUUUACAAAUCCACCAAAGCAUUUAACAUUAAUUGUUUAGAUCCGUUGAGAAGGUCGGCACUUCAUAUUGCUGUCGAAAAUGAUAAUAUUGAGUUGAUCGAAUUGCUAUUAGAUUACAAUAUUAAUACCGGUGACACUAUCCUAUAUGCUAUCAUAAAUGAAAAUAUUGAAGCGGUUGAAAUACUUUUGGAACAUUUGGAAAAAAUUGGCAAAUUCACUCCUGAAACUCAAGGUGUUGAAAUCACUACAAAUUCAGCAUUUACAUCUGAUAUGACACCGAUCAUUCUUGCAGCUCAUAAGGAUAAUUAUGAUUGUAUCAAGUUAUUACUAGAUAAGAAGGCUACCAUACUUCACCCACAUGAUGUACGAUGUUUAUGCAAGGAAUGUGUGCAGGCAAAGGCAGAAGAUUCAUUAUGUUUCUCACAAUCACGUAUUAACACGUACCAGGCGUUAACCAGUCCAUCACUUAUCUGUUUAUCCGCAAAGGAUCCUAUACUGUAUGCAUUUGAGCUCAGUUAUGAGCUUAGACAAUUAUCAAAUAUUGAAAAUGAAUUUCGAAAUGAGUAUGAAGAGCUUAGUCGAAAAUGUCAAUCGUUUAGUGUAAACAUGUUAGCACAAGUACGUGGAUCCAAAGAAUUAGAAACUGUCUUAAAUCAUACGACAAAUGCGUGGGAAGAAGUGACAGAAAAAAAGAGUGCUAAUUUUUGUCAAAAUUUAGCAAGACUAAAGCUUGCUAUUAAACUUAGACAAAAAAUUUUCGUUGCACAUCCAAACUGUCAACAAUUGUUAUCCGCGAUAUUUUAUGAGGGUCUUCCCGGAUUCCGUGACCGUCACAUUGUCACAAAGGUAUUGAUUAUCGUGGGAGUAUCCAUAGCUUCACCUUUAUUAGCUAUCAUUUAUCUUAUUGCGCCUAAAUCAUCAUUUGGUGAAUUUGCUCGCCGGCCAUUUAUCAAAUUUCUAAGCCAUUCAGCUUCAUAUUGUUUUUUUCUUUUUCUACUUCUUCUUGCUAAUCAACGAAUUAAUUAUGAUUUUAUCCUUGGUACCAAAUCAGUGUCAUCGACAUCAGAUGAGUAUGGUGAAGAUUUAGAUCGUAAAGAAGUACGUGGUCCACCACCAACACUUGUUGAAUUAGCCAUUCUUUUAUGGAUUUUCGGUUUGGUAUGGGUUGAAAUAAAGCAAUUAUGGAACGAAGGCCUUUGCGAUUACUGUUCCGAUUUAUGGAAUAUCCUUGAUUUUGUAACCAAUGCAUUGUAUUUAUGUACUGUUGCACUUCGAAUUGUUGCCUAUUUGCAGGUUGAAGCAGAAAUACGCAAUCCACAGAUGCGACAUUUAGGACGUCGCAUUUUACGACGUGAUUGGGAUGAAUGGGAACCAACGUUGAUCUCAGAAUGUGCCUUUGCAACGGCUAAUAUUUUCUCAUCCUUGAAAAUGAUUCAUAUCUUCACUGUUAAUCCACAUCUUGGACCACUUAGGAUAUCACUUGGUCGUAUGGUUCUGGACAUUGUCAAAUUUCUUCUCAUUUAUUUCCUUGUACUAUUUUCGUUUGCUUGUGGCCUGAAUCAGUUAUUAUGGUACUACGCAGCGAUGCGUCAGCAGGAAUGUAACAAAUACCAAUCACUGAUUAGCAAUUCAACGCAUACUGUCCCAGCGAAUGAAUUGGUUCGGAUGGAAGAAUCAUGCGAUCCAAAAUAUCGAGCCUGCGAAAGGUUAACGAUUAAACCUCUCUAA